UCGGAAUCCCUUUUUCACUUACCAAGUCCCAGGUCGGGCCCCAAAGGAAGUCCUUGACGGAAGGAUGGAAUUAUGUAUCACUGGUGAUAUUCAACAGUUCCGGGAGCUCCUGGACUUGGCGCCUUCUGAGACGAUGAGACACUACAUAUAUGAUCUGGAGGCAGUCAUUGGCCAGGCCAUCAAACAAGACAGCGUGCCUUUCAUCAAAGAGCUUCUCGAUCAACUGUUCCCCAGGCUUCCUUGUAUGCCUGGGCAACUCGAUGCAAAUCCAAAAUUGUACUAGCCCUUUUGGAUUCAAAGGGGAUGGGCUAUCAAUGAGUUUUUUUUGCAGAACUGAAGUGUAUGUCAUAACGUCCGUCAUCAUCGCAUUUCCC